GGCCAUGUGUGUGUGUGGUGAGCUUUUCCUAAUGCAGCUAAAAGCAGUCGACCAAUGAAGACGGAGCGUCUCGGAGGUUUUCCGCUUUCCCCUGAAGUUACUUGACAGAUCCGACAUCACUUCAGAUUGAAAGAAUUCAAGAUGGCUGCUCCAGCAGGCUCCAAGUAAAGGGCCAACUCUUCUGGAUCCCACUGUGCAUGAAGCUCUCCUGAGGUUGUGGUGUCUAAGUGCUCCGUGUCCCAGCUCCUCCUGCCUCACAUCAUGUCCUCCACCUCCUCCUCCUACUCCUCCUCUGGGGAGACUAGUCCGGAGGAUGUACCCCGAGGUGGGGGCACCAUUCGAGUCUACCUCCCCAACAAACAGAGAACAGUGGUGAAUGUUCGCCAUGGACAGACUGUGUACGAGAGUCUAGAUAAAGCCCUUAAAGUGAGAGGCCUGAGCCAAGAAUGCUGUGCUGUAUUUCGCCUUCUAGAAGGUCGUAAGAGACUGACAGAUUGGGACACAGACAUCACUCCGCUGGUUGGAGAGGAGCUUUUAGUCGAGGUCCUGGAUGAUAUUCCCCUCACCAUGCACAACUUUGUACGGAAAACCUUCUUCAAGCUGGCUUACUGUGAUUUUUGCCACAAGUUUCUUUUUAACGGCUUCAGAUGUCAGACAUGCGGCUACAAAUUUCACCAGCACUGCAGUAGCAAGGUCCCUACUGUGUGCGUGGACAUGGAUACAGUGAGCAAACGAUUUGAUCCUAAUCCCUGCACAGAUGAGUACCCACGGAUACUAUUGCCAGACAAUUCCCCAUCGCAGAGCAACCUAGCCUUAACCCCAGAGCCUGCUGGGAUGGACCUCCUCUCCCCGACCUCGGCCUUUCGCUUCCCCAUGCCGGGUGGAGAUUGCCAGUCUCUACAGCGGCAUCGCUCCACCUCCACUCCCAAUGUUCAUAUGGUCAGCACAGUGGGCCCUGUUGGUGUCAGCAUUAUAGAGGAAGCACUAAAAUACAACAACACAAUGGGUCCUGAGCCCUCACCAAAGCCCUCCACCAGCCCACCAACUUCUCUUGGCUCUCCGGGGAGGAGACCGCCCAAGUCUCCCUCAGAGCACAAGGAGCGCAAACCCUCCUCAUCAGACGACAAAAAGAAAGUGCACCGAGGGGGCUACAGAGACUCAAGUUACUACUGGGAGGUCCACUCUCGAGAAGUCACCAUUCAGAAGAGAAUAGGUUCUGGCUCCUUUGGAACAGUCUUCAAGGGCAAGUGGCACGGAGACGUGGCAAUCAAGAUCCUUAAAGUCACCGAGCCAACGCCUGAACAGUUGCAGGCCUUCAAAAAUGAAAUGCAGGUCUUACGGAAGACCCGCCACGUCAACAUCCUGCUGUUCAUGGGUUAUAUGACUAAACCCAACUUUGCCAUCAUCACACAGUGGUGUGAAGGCAGCAGCCUGUACCGCCAUCUGCAUGUCACAGAAACCAAGUUUGACACUAUGCGUCGCAUUGAUGUGGCCAGACAAACGGCACAGGGCAUGGAUUAUCUUCAUGCGAAGAACAUAAUUCAUCGAGAUCUGAAAUCAAACAAUAUUUUUCUUCACGAGGGCUGGACUGUUAAGAUUGGUGACUUUGGCUUGGCCACGGUGAAGUCUCGGUGGAGCGGCUCUCAACAGGUAGAACAGCCCAGUGGAUCCAUUCUGUGGAUGGCUCCUGAGGUGAUCCGAAUGCAGGACACCAACCCAUAUACGUUCCAGUCUGACGUAUACGGCUACGGAGUCGUUCUGUUUGAGCUGAUGUCAGGGACCCUGCCUUACUCCAAUAUCAACAACAGAGACCAGAUAAUCUUUAUGGUUGGACGUGGUUACUUGUCUCCAGACCUCCCUAAGCUGUAUAGUACCUCACCCAAGUCGAUGAAAAGGCUCAUCGUUGACUGCCUGAAGUUCAAACGUGACGAGAGGCCCCUGUUUCCACAGAUCCUGGUAGCCAUCGAGCAGGUUCAAGACCUGCUGCCAAAAAUCGAGCGGAGUCGCUCGGAGCCGUCGCUCCAUCGGGCCGUCCAUGCUGAGGACCUGAACCCCCUUCUGUUCCACACCACCAGGCUGAUGCCUCUCUAAGCUCCUCACAGCACGGGGGCAGAGAGGUCGUCACCCUGUCCAAAACCACAGCAUUCCCCGUGCCUCAGGGAGGCCACAAGCUGACUGUCCUGACAGACCACAAUCCCUAUCUCACUUCCUGCCCCUGCAGAGCCCUGGAGCUGCAGCACUCAGCGCAAAAACACAGUAACUGCAGAAAUACCUGUACCACAUUUAAGUCUGAUAGAGAAUCUUCUUUUCCUUUAAACAAAUGACAAAAGACCUGCUCAUUAAGUGAAAUAAUGAUCUACUGUAUCUAGAAGGAUGUUAAAAUGCCUCUGAUCAGUCCACUUGAGGUUGAAUUGCAUCACAUAGUCUGACAUACUAGGAGGUCUUUUCAGUUGUUUUGAGGAAAAGUUCAAAACAGACGUGUUUUGCACAUAACCUGCAAAAUGUUAUGCCUAAUUAAUUAAUAAAAUAGUCUCACUCAGACAUUUGUGUAGCACUGUGAUCACAGCCAAAAGAUUUAAAUCAGUUCAACAGCCAUAAUGCUGGAGCUGCUGGUUCAGGUCACCUGAUCAGCUUACAUGUUUCAAAUGCUCAGUUGUCAUGCGCCCCUUUCACUCUAAUGUGAUGGGAGAUCUGAGAUGUGAAGCUACUGAUUUGAAAGCAAACACUGCCGGUCUGGGAGUGUUUUGUUAAAGAUGGGACAUUUUGUCUCGAUGGGAACCUCCACUAUUUACUGCUAGAAUUGAUUUUAUGUUAUAGUUAACCACAACAACAUAUUAACAUGAAGCGGCAGAGGAAGUUCAAACUACUGGAAGCCUACAAUAGCUUGUCAACCUCACUAAACUAUGCAAAAAAAGUUUAGUGAAAAAUAAAUAAUAGUUGGCUUGGUGAAAGCGUCUAGGGCUGCACCGAAUAGUUAGAAGCUUCGCUCAUAACGUUGACAUUCGAAUUCUAAAUCAACUUUCGAAUGCUGCACUGCUUUUAUUUAAUUUUUUGACUAUUCAAUCUGUUUAAAGCCCGUAUUUCUGUAGAGUUGCAGAUGAAGAUUAGGCUACACUAAUAUUUAUUAGUCUUAUACUAUUUGUAGAAUUAGAUUCCAGUGGUGGCUGCGUAGGAUUGUAUCCAACUCGUGUGUUCCAAAUAUUUCCAAUUCCUCCAGAGCGUAAAGUCCAAAAGUCAAAACGUAUUGAAAAAAAACCAGCUAAAAACAUUUUGUGAAUUUUGGAAAUGAUUACAUCGAACAAAAUAUUCUGCUUCAUUCCAUAUUUGUUGGCGUUUAGCGGUCAAAAAAUGGUUUGAAUCACUUUAUUAUAGGGUGAUGACAUUAUAAAACAUGACAACAGAUAUUUGGAGCUUCAUUCAAAAACCUCAAUUAGCUUUGAAUGUAAAUAAAAUGACACACAGUACAGAUCUACUGCACAUGCUGUAUAGCAGUGACGGGGCUUGAAAAAAACAAAAGUGGCGGAUUGCUGCAAAUCAAAAUGACCUUUUCUUCCACAAAGUGGUGAACACCUCACAAUAAGGUAUCUAAUUUGGAUAGACGUACUCAAAUCACCAUGUUCGCCUUUGACCCGAGUUCCCUUUGAUAUUGCAAUGGACAAAAAAAAAAAAAGUUAAACUCCAAAAGAGCACUUGACAUGUGGAAGUUGAAAAGUUAACCCAGCAGGGUCUGGCAGAAGUGGCUGUAGCUCAAAAUCAAAUAUUAUUUUUUUCUAUUGUGUCUGAGGAUUAGAGCUAUGCGUAGUAAUUCACUCAUUCCUCUGUUGAGUCUUAAACCUUAUUGAUUGGGAAUAAUACAACAGCAGGUAGAAGUUCAUCUGGUUUUACUCAUUUUCUUCAAAGUAACUAAAAGCUAAAAGUUACUUGUAAUAUUAUUUACCAUACCCCCACUGGGAUUUCUUUUUCAAGCUUGUUGUAAUAAGUUCAGACUCAAAACAGGAUUGAAUUGUUAGGACCAAUUUUUUAGAUUUCGUCUGAUAAUUUAAUUUGCUUCUCUGAUAUUCAACAUUUCCAAGAUUUCAAAAUACAAGUUUAAGAAAUAUUCCCAAGCAUUUUAUUUUUGCCAGUUCAGAGAAAAGCCCCCUGAAAACAUCAGUUAAUCAUCACAGGCCACUAACACCCAGCAGAAUAUUAACAAUUCUGAUGCAGAUAAAAUCAAAUACUGUAUUAAGAUGGUUCAGGUUUAAGGGCUCUCAAUAGACCGAUAGCAUAGUAUUGAUCAAUUCUAAAGCAACUACUUUAACUGCAACAUUUAAAUCUUGUGUAAAAUCGGAUCACUGUAUUGGUCUGCCCCUGAUACACGGUGACAUAUACACCAUCAAAUCAAGGAACUCUCCAAGAACAUAGAAGUCCUGAGGCUUUUUCUUCAGCCGAUUCCUUUCUCGAGUUUUACCUUUUUUUUUUUAUUCAUCAUUUUUAGCCUGAGGAAUUGACAGACCAUAGUAAGUUGCAGUCUCAAUGUAAAUGGUUAGUUGUAUUGCUGCUACAUAUAAUGUGUUUUUCUGUUCAAUUUGUUUUCUACACCUUCAGAGACGAGAAAUACUGGGACUGGAGUGCACCCCCCCGUGGCACACAGCUUCAACAGGUCUUUUUUCAGUCUAGUCUUAAAAGUUUAUUCUUAAUGCUCUCAAAACGCUGCACCAUGGAUGGAUUAGCCACUGGUUGAGAUUUCACAGUUACAUGCUCAAACGCGUACAUUAAAACUAGUACUGUUAGCUGGUAGGAAUGCAUUAACACUGUAAGUAACUUGGUUAAUGAGUCACUCCAGUUUGGACGCACUGUGGGAGGUGUGAGAAGUGGAAUAAAUGUCAUGCAAAUACUUAAGGAUUCAGUAUGCUUCAAAUGAACUAGACUGUAUGUGUCAGACCAUAUCUAAAGGCAAAAGUGUUUGUACCUGUUCCACAUGGCCACGCCCAGAGGCAGGAUUAAAAACCUGCAGUUAGCUGCCAACUCCUCUCCAAGAAUUCUUCGUCUUGAGUAUUGUAGUCUCAACGCUACGAGUCGUACAAAUCCGGACCGCAAGAGUAAUAAUGCGAGUCUUCUCUAAUUGUCAUCGUCAACUUCAAAAUCAAUUUAUUUUUUUAUUUUUCAGACAGCCGUUCAAAAAGCUCAAUUAGAUAUGUAAAUGAGGGUACAUGGGAAUCUCUUGAUGGCCAGGAUGGCACAGUGAUUAAGGUGUGGCUUAUGGCUUUAGUUUUGUGAGAUUCACAAAAAAGAAAUUGCACGUUCACCGUGUGCAUGUUUUUUGGAUGCUGACAUACCUUAAAGGAAUAGUUCAAGUGUUUUGAUGUGGGGUUAUAUGAGGUACUUCUACAUAGUAGGUGUAUUACCUACAGUAAAUGACAGUUGGUGUGCCCCCAGCAUCGAGAAACAAGACACCGGAGCAAAGCAUUACAGCGCUGUGGAUGGAGACAGCAGGAAAAAAAAGUAUUUUAGCCACCUAAAAAAAGGCUCACCUAAAAUAAUUGAUAACCGUUUAAGUGUACGCUAUAUUUAGAAUAUUUUUCGACAGUCAACUGAACUGAAAGUGAAACAUAUCUGUACUGUUUUUUUGUUUGUUUUUACAACUGAGCCUGCUGGUUUGGAGAAAGCACAGAUAAGUUUCAGUUCUGAAAAUAUUCUAGAUAUAGCGUACACUUAAACAGAUAAAGAUCUUUCUUUUUUUUUUUUGGUGAGCCUUUCUUUUAGGUGGCUAAAAUCCGUUUUUCUUCCGUCCCCGCCCACAGCACUGUAUUGCUUUGCUUCCGUGCGGUAACUCCUGUCUGCUUCUCCAAGCUGGAGGCGUGCCGAUCGUCGUCUACUGCAAGUAAUACACUUAUUAUUGAUAAGUACCUCAUACAAUCCCACUUCAAAACUUCCCCUAGACCUGCUCUAUAUGAAACGUGUCAUAAGAUGGCUUCCGGUGUGAUAUGGCGCUAUAUUAAUGGAAUUGACUUGACUCGAUGCGUAGAGGCUGCUAGCUGUUGUAUCACUGUAACGGAGUGGCAACCAAGAGAGUUUCCCUUCUUUCUGUGCAUUUGUAUAGAAAGUGGUCAAAGAGAAAAUGAAUGAGCAAUGAAAAUUCCCCCACGCCGACGGUGUUUCUUGGUCGAGCAUGUCUGACGGUAAACUGCCCACCUUUUCACAUCUGGAGAAGAAUGAAAGAACCAAACGGUGACUUAUUGAUCAUGUUGCUCACAGUGUGCUCUUUGGGGUCAGGCCUGGAACUAGUUCCUGUUGUCUCAUGACUAACGUGGUAAAAGGACUGAGGGUAGACACUUCCAUUCAUUCGUGAGGAUUAUUUUGUUCAGGAUUGUGUUUGAGGUUCAAUGCUCAGGUGUAUACUGCCUCAUGAUGCAAUACGUUUCCAAUACAUGUGGAUGUAUACAAAAUAUAAAACGAGCUGCCUCGCGCAACAAUUGGAUAUGGUUCAAAUAAAGGCUCCAGACCUUCCUAAGUAAACUGAUGGUGGAUCUGUAAACGGUGUGCGGUGCUUUCUGGCAUGGUUGAUGUAUUUUAGUGGUCAGUGUUCCUGCUGCAUUAUGAGUAUAAGUUGACAUUGAGAAGGCCUCAGGAGCCUGCUAACAUCGCUGUGCUCCUCAAAUUGUUGGAUGGAGUACCUGUGCUACGUUGACAGGGACGCUGUCCUUUAAGAACGAGUGCAUCAUGGGAUUUAAUCCAUCACAGGGAGUAAUUAGUAGGGUUUUUUUUGGGACAGGCUGCAUCCUUUCAUGGAUUAUAAACCUAAUCUCAUGCAAAAAGCACUGUACACCAAUGUGGAACCAUCAGAAGUGUAAAUGGCAGAGGGACUUUGUGCUGUCUGGAGCUGCUUUUCCCUUUGUGAUCUGUGGAAAGCACUGUAUUUCCUGAAAACUUUUCUCUCUCUCUUCACUAGAUUUGGUUUUCUUAAGAAAUUGACAUACCUGAAGUCAGAUUUUUUUUUUUUUUUUUUAUAUAUACUUUCAAUUCAAACUUGUAGUUUUUGCUCCUCCUCAAACCAGACAGUGUACCGUGCACCAGUACCAUCAGCGGGGUAGUGCUUUCAGGUUGAGUAGCCUACAGGUUACCACAGAUUCAUACCUGAUUGCAAGCCAGUACACGGUACUAGGUGUACACCUGGAUGGUACUCGGUUUCCAUCAAAACCUCCUCUUGGCCUGAUUUGCUGGGUGGAAACAGCUACAGUUCAUAGUGAAGGACGAGCGGCGUCCCUUCAGAUUGUAACCAGAGCAGCCCGUACACAUAUUAUUCGUGAUUAUUAUUAACAUUUACAUAGCUCUCUCGUGUGUCACUGCGCUUUUUCCUGGAUUAUAAAUGUAACAACUGAGUUAACUAUUCUAUUUUUGUUGAAUGUUGGUUUUCCUUGCAGCGGUGGUUGCUAUUGUUUUUUUGGAAUUGAUCAACAUUCACUGCUCUCUGGCGUUAAUUGGUAAUCUUGGAAGUAUUUAGAUACUACUGAGUCGUACGGUUUGUAGUGUCACACUCAAGUGUAAAUGGACUAGCAGCAGCUGUGAGGGUGAUGUUUUCGGGUGGUGGUUGGUGUUCUGUGAACUGGCCUUUGCUUCUCUGUAUAUUGCACGCGUCGGUCAUUAAUGAACUUGACAGCAGAUCAGACAUUUAAACCUUGAUAUUUUAAUGUUGUGAAAAUAGGGGCUGGGUACCCUUACUGUUCUUACUCAUUCCAGUUCUAUCGGUGGAUCGUGGUUGGAGGAGGGCGGGGACAUUGGUUGUACCAGCGGGGGUCGGGGUGGGGGAUUUGUGAACCAGGGUUGGGAAAGACUUUUUUUUCUGUCUUUCUCUUAUUUAUUGAUGUCUUUGCAGACGUUCUCGUCUGCGACCCUUUUGAGGUGGAUUAAAUGUCUAUAGAGAGACCAACGUUCACGUCAUCACCGGGCGCUCUGUCUAACAAGAAUGUUCUUUUAGACACGGUACUGUCUGCUCCUCAAAAUGACCUUUUAUUCCGAUACGGUCUCCUGCAGGUGCAAUUGUAGUGGCUUGUCUUUCUAAACAUCUUGAGCACAAACUAUAGGUAUCAAACUUUUUUAGCAAUAUUUUUGCUCAUAGGGUUUCACUACGAUAGCAUUUGUUAACGGCAACACAAAAAUACUGUAAAAGUAACUUGUUAUAUACGGUGGGCCGCGUGUUAAACUUGAGCCUGUCCUGUAAUAUUUAAGUGUAGCUUGUAAGUAUUUGAAUGGCCUUGUGGCUGCUGAAUGAGAUGAGAGAAACUCACCUUUUUCUUAAUGAGAUGCUUUUUAUAACCUUUCAGCAAAAGCAGGGACAGAAUGUCUUUUUGAAAAAUUUCCGUAAUGCAAUGUUGGACCAGGUUUCCUGUGAAUCAAUGUCGUCAAGUGCAUCGCCUCUCAGAGGGGACUCGCUGUAGUGGACUCUAUUAUUUCCCUGUUCAGAAAGGAUAUCGAAUCAUUGUGGCUCAGUUUUGUGUUUUAGUGUGGUGUCUCCCUAAGAGGACUGUGUUCAUCUGGUAUCCUAAAGGAGGGAACAAAUGCAGCAGUUACUGGAAAUCCGUUAAAAAAAAUGGACCUGAAUGGCUUCAUGACACACAGAAGAUACUGUGCUGCUUCUGGAGACUUACAGAGGCACCGGAGGGGGGGGGGGAAACCAGACGUAACACAGCUGUUUGUUUCAGAGAAGAGGAUGAGAGAGAGCUGUAUCAUCCGAGUAGUUUAUUUUUUUUUUUUUGUCUUUUCAUAUCUCUAGGUGAAUUGCAAUACUUGUGUUUAUAGUUUCUGAGGUGUCAGGGGUGUUCAGUUUGCAAUAAAUGGUAUAUUGUUCUGUGUACAGUUACAUUUUUUUAAUUACAAAAAUUGUACUUGUCUCUAUUUUUUGUGUGAUGGUUUCAAAAAGAACAAAAUUAUUUUAAAGUGUAAAGGAAAUCUUAGUUUUUUUUUUUUUUUUUUUUAGUUUUUUGUUUUGUCUUAAAAUAUUGAUGCAGGAGUUAUUCUUUAAAUAAAUACAUUCAUCUGUG